GUGAUAUUGAGGACGGGGCUGUUGCUAGGCAUCUGCUGCACAAGACACUUGAGGGACUGAUGCACCGCCGAGGGUUUCAAGAGAAUCUCAGUGGCACAAGUAUGCGCAAACGAGAGUACACCAUUGUGUUCCAGCCAUCCAAGAUACAGGAGAAGCUCAUAGCAAGUACCACGAGCGAUGACUGGGGCAAUUCACUAGGGCCUAUUCUGAGUGUGCAAAUGCUUGGGCCUGUGCUGUGCCAUCCAGUGACCAUCCAAAGGCUGAAAGUGGGGGAGAUAGAUUCCAUUGAGACAGACGAGGACGAGAUCGAGACUCUGUAA